AUGAGUAGAGAAGCAAUCGAUAAACUAGUUCAUAGUGCUCGUGAAUUACUUGAAGCUAAAGACUAUCUCGGAGCGCGCGAAUUAUAUACACAAGGACUAAAAUUGGAUCCAUUCGACGCUACAUUAUGGAAUUACAGAUCAAAUGUUCACAUGAAGCUCCAACAUCCAGAAUUAGCUUUUACUGAUGCUGCUCGCGGUCUUAAGCUUUUAGAUGAUAAACUUGCUCAGACAAAUUUAUCUCUGCCGGACCGUAACUUUUCAGUUUUCAUGAAAAUAGACCUGUUGUUCAGUUGUCUCCUUGCCGCUGAGAACCUAAAUAUUUGCGAAACAGCAUUACAAUUCAUCGAUCGGCUAUUAACCAAUUCGCACUUGCUAUCCAACGAAGCGCGUCAAACUAUUCUCUCAAAGCAAAAGUCGCUGAAACGCAAAAUAAAAGCGCAGCGUCAUGCUUUCGUUGUAGCAAACGAUUCCUUGCGUAUAAAUCUGCACGAUGCAUUAGAUUUAGGAACAAUGCGUAUGCCUAAAUACUCGUGGAAUGAAUUUGAACCCUUCAAUUCAGAGAAUGACAUAGAAACGCAAUUGAACGAAAUUAAUAUUAUGCUUGAGCCAAUUGCUCCUAAACUGCUGGUCGUCCGUAUGUAA